AUGGGAAACGAUUUGAUGAACAGAGCCGCAGUUGAGGUUGGAGAGGCCAUCUACGAUUACUCGCCUCAGAACGACGGAGAUAUUGAGCUUCACAAGGGAGACACUGUCGAGAUUUUAGAGAAGCCAUCUAAGGACUGGUGGAUGGGCUCCGUAAAUGGAAAGACGGGUGCCUUCCCAUCCAACUACGUUCAGCUUAAGAACUCCGACAUCCAACAAAAUGCAGGGGAUCAGAACGACGGCGAAGGCGGCAAACACCAUCACCAUGCCCGCGAUUUCGGUAAGCGCAUCGGAAAUGCUACGAUUUUCGGUGCUGGUGCCACCAUUGGUAAUGAUAUAGUCAACUCAAUUCUCUGA